GGGCCUACAACUCCCAGCAACCCUUGCGGCAGGAUAAACGUAACCAUCCGUUGCCAACAACUUCAGCCAGCCUCUCUGGAGCCUGUCAGCGGUGAGUCUCCUGCUGGCCGAGCUGCUGCUUCUUCUUCCUCUUCCUCUGGUCCUGACUACUGGAAACAUGCUGUCCUUCGCUCUCAGACAACUCACACGGCCACUGUGCCAGCGAGCCCCAGUUCGCCUCUGUGUACGUGGCCAGCACUCCCACGCCGCUACCCGUACGGUGGAUGAAGAUCGUCCAUGGACAGGCCAGGAAAGCCUGGCUCAGGACGACCCCGAGAUGUGGGAUCUGCUGCUAAAGGAGAAGGACAGGCAGUGCCGCGGCUUGGAGCUCAUUGCAUCUGAGAAUUUCUGCAGUCAAGCAGCUCUGGAAGCUCUGGGCUCCUGUCUGAACAACAAAUACUCCGAAGGCUACCCAGGGAAAAGAUACUAUGGUGGAGCAGAAGUGGUCGACCAAAUUGAGCUGCUGUGUCAGAAACGAGCCUUGGAGGCUUUCGACCUGGACCCAGCUCUGUGGGGUGUCAACGUGCAGCCGUACUCCGGCUCCCCAGCUAACUUUGCUGUCUACACCGCCGUGCUCAACCCCCAUGACCGCAUCAUGGGCCUGGACCUGCCCGACGGAGGACAUCUGACCCAUGGCUACAUGUCCGAUGUGAAGAGGAUCUCCGCAACCUCGAUCUAUUUUGAGUCCAUGCCUUACAAGCUAAACAUUGCAACAGGACUCAUAGACUACGACCAGCUGGACAUGACGGCCAAGCUGUUCAGGCCCAAGCUCAUCAUCGCUGGCACCAGCGCCUAUGCCCGCCUCAUUGACUACACCCGCAUCAAGAAGCUGUGUACCGAUAUUAAGGCCUACCUGCUAGCUGACAUGGCCCACAUCAGUGGCCUGGUGGCUGCCAAAUCCAUCCCAUCUCCCUUUGAUCAUGCUGACCUGGUCACCUCUACCACACACAAAUCCCUCCGUGGAGCCAGGGCUGGCCUCAUCUUCUAUCGUAAGGGUGUUCGCUCAGUGGACAAGAAGGGGAAGGAGAUCAUGUACGACCUCGAGGACAAGAUCAACUUCUCCGUGUUCCCCUCCCUGCAGGGUGGACCUCACAACCACGCCAUCGCUGCUGUGGCUGUGGCACUCAGACAGGCACAGACUCCCAUGUUCAAGGAGUAUAUCGACCAGGUACUAAGGAACGCCAAGUCAAUGGCUGCAGCUCUUCUCAGCAAAGGCUACACCCUGGUAUCAGACGGGACCGACAACCACCUAGUCCUGGUUGACCUGCGGCCUAAGGGCAUUGACGGGGCUCGGGCCGAGAGGGUGCUGGAGCUCGCGUCAAUCACAGCCAAUAAGAACACCUGCCCCGGGGACAAGAGCGCCCUGACUCCUGGUGGCCUCAGGCUAGGUGCUCCAGCCCUGACAUCCAGACAGUUCAAAGAAGCUGACUUUGUGCAAGUUGUAGAGUUCAUGGAUGAGGGCUUCAAGAUCGCCUUGGACGUCAAGAAAAAGACCGGAAAGCUCCAGGACUUCAAGAACUUCCUUCUUCAGGACCCAGAGACCGUGGCUUGCAUCGCCAACCUGCGCCACCGCGUCGAAGCCUUCGCCAGGCCCUUCCCCAUGCCAGGCUUCAACGACCAUUAAACCAACCAAUAGAGAGUCUGUGGGGCCACAACAGCCAGGUGGCAGAACGUUGGCUGGCGUACAAGGAGAGGGAAAAAUAUCAUGGUAGUGAAAUAUGGUUGGUUCCCAUGACUCAGCCAAUCCGAUCUGGGAAAUCAUUCUUUUUAUACUUCUUUGCGGUAAUCCAUCAAUCCGUUCUUGUAUAAACUAAAGAAACAAUAAAAUUUGAAAGAUUUUGUAGAGCCGAAGAACCUAUUUUCUAUUGUAAUGCGUAAAGAUCUUUCUCAGUUGUCAUGUCAAAUCAAACGACCAAACAGCUCUUGGUUUCACAGACUCUGUGACUUGAUUAGUGUAUAAUUUUAUAAUAAGAUACACUACAAGGUCUUAAUGCUGUAAAGAGUCUUAACUAAUGUCACUAUCGUAGAUUAUUAUAUUCAAAUGAAGAUGUGUGCAUGAUAGCUUUCUUUUCUGUUUAUGUAACCAGGUACACAAGGAGAUUUAAUGAGGUGAAGGGGUGUUCUGCCAUACAGUGUUGUGUUGGCUUAUACAUUUCAGAAAUGAUCAGAAAUUAACCCCAACUGUUGUCAAAAUAUCAUUUAUAAAAGUUAGCCUUUUGAAUUUAGUAGAGAUUUGUGCAACUUGUCUCUAAGGUCGGAUCAUACAAGGAGGUGGACUAAAUAAUUGAAUCAUCUUUUAACAUACUAUAGACCAAUAAAGCAACAAUACAACCUGUGUUCAUCAAUAAUGUUUACACUGUUGGAUGCUUUUUAAAACACAAAUCAAGUGUCAUAAGCUUCAUAAAGUAGAAUUUGAUGGGGCUUUGUAUUAGAUUGCAUGACAGGAAAAUGUCCAUCUCUAUCCGAGGAUGUUAUUUCCUUUUGACGCUGUUGUGAUUGCUUUUUUUUUUUCUUCCAGCAUAUCAUUGUUGUCAGAUUUUAAUUGCUAUAUAUUUUGUUACGACAGAUAAAUAACCAAAUGGAAUAAUACGAACAGAAAUGGCAUCCUGGAUUAUUUUAUACUUUCCGUUAAGUGCGUUUACAAAGAGUAUAUACUUUUUUAUGUCUUAUUUAAAAAGAAUUAACCAUGUAACAGCCAACGUUUAACGUAUAUCUUAAGGUUUCCAAUACCAGCUGGGUUGUUGUACGAGAAAAGGAGUAUUUAUAGUGCAGUUCACCUGAUUUAAGUGUCAUAUAUUUCACAAUGAUGGAAACUGUGAAGCAGCUUGAUUUUGAAUAUAUUGUCUAUCUGGCUCACAGAUUGGAACUGUUGUCAUUAUCACUGCAUCAGUGAGGAAGGAAGAUUAUCUGUUUGUGAAAUGAUCGUACAACUCGAUCGAGAAAAGGGCAUUUAGAAAUGGUGAGGUCACUUUCUUACUUUGCACAAAACGAAACACAGCUUCCAAAGUGAACCAAAUCAUAUGAAUCAUCCACAUCACAAGUUUCUGUCAGACAACAGACUAGACAUUGCCAAAAUAUGCCAAUAAGUAUUUUACUACUAUGUUUGUCUGUUGUCAUCUCUGAUAUGUUGCCAGCCUUUGUACGGUACAACACAAGUUUGAGCUACCUUUCUUUUACAAAACAUUUUUUUUAUUAACAUUUAAUUUGUUUUAGCUGAGUCAUAAUAAAAUCUAAUGCAAGCAUA